UUCUACACAUGCACGCAUAAUCCUCUCUCUGUCUCUCUCUCUCUCUCUCUCUCUCUCUGCUACUUAUAACUAUUCGCAUUUACUCUCCUCCUUCCAUCAACACAUACAGUCUCACCAACUCCUUUUUUUUUUUCCCUUAAUAAAAAGAAAAAAGAAAAAACUAUUCCCUGAUUGGAAAGGGUCUCAGGUCAGGUGCGUUCUUGUAGGUCCUUUCCCUACUCUUUUUAUGAUGAACCCAUAUCUGAUUCUAAUCUAUCCUCAAAUCUCCCUUUGGCUUCGGUUUCAGUGCUUAAAUUCCCUAUAAAUCUCAUCUCAUUAUAACUCUUUUCUCUUCAUUUUCCACUCUCUUCUCUUCUUUCACCCACAGGGAAAAAGGAAAUUAUGUUGAGCAUGGAAGAGCUUCUCUGUGAGCUGAUUGGGGAAGAUAAAAACGAGCAAGGUUUGCCUCCAGGGUUUAGGUUCCAUCCAACCGAUGAAGAACUUAUAACUUUUUAUCUGGCUUCCAAGGUCUUCAAUGGCGCUUUUUGUGGAGUCGAAAUUGCUGAGGUUGACCUUAACAGAUGUGAGCCCUGGGAGCUUCCUGAUGUAGCAAAAAUGGGGGAGAGGGAAUGGUACUUCUUCAGCCUGAGAGACAGGAAGUACCCAACAGGGUUGAGAACAAAUAGGGCAACCGGAGCUGGUUACUGGAAGGCCACAGGCAAAGAUAGGGAAGUGUACAGUGCUUCAACUGGUGCUUUACUCGGCAUGAAGAAGACCCUCGUUUUUUACAAAGGCAGAGCUCCCAGAGGUGAGAAGACCAAGUGGGUCAUGCACGAGUACCGCCUAGACGGUGAUUUCUCUUACCGCCACACGUGCAAGCAUCGGUUUUGCUUGCAGGAAGAAUGGGUGAUUUGCAGGAUAUUUCACAAAAAUGGGGAGAAGAAAAAUGGGAUUUUGCAAGCACAAGGGUUUCUAUUGGAAGCCAAUUCACCACCAACUUUCAGUUCAUUGCCUUCGUUGCUGGAAGCACCAUUAUUGUUAGAAUGUGAGACUCAGACUCCAUUUCUGAUUAAGCAAGACUCCCAAUCUAAUAAGCACACAGUGUCAUUCGGAACCAGCAGUCCCAUCACAAUCAGUACAGAUGCAGAAACAAACAAAAACAUACAAGAUAACCCAUCAGCACCGAUGCUCUUCAAGUCUCUCCUCUCCCAUCCUUUGAAAGAACAAUUCACUAUUCCUAAACAGUGCAAGACGGAGCCCAACUUUUCCCAUUUUCAACUACCUGCAGGUGCAGAUCAUGCCAACUUGUUCAACUACUGGGUGGAAAAGAUUCAUCAUCCAAACACAUAUCAUUGUCCUUUGUCUUUUGAGAUGGAUUGCAAUGUUUUGGGGAUAUCUACUGAAUUUGAUUCAGACAUCACUGCGAAUGACUUGUCCACUUCAAUUGCUUUCAACAGAGCCGACUUUCAGAUGAUGUUAGAUACUCCCAUCAGACUCCCUGCACAAUCUUGGCCAUUAGAUUCCUAAGAUCUUCAACUCUCUAAAAACUAUAUAUUCCACAAUUAUAUGCUCUAUGUAUACAUUAUAUACCAUCUAUAUAUAGAAUCAGCGUAGUCUUUUAUUUAAUGUUACUUGAUGUACUAGUAUAGCAGUAAUUAAUGUAGCGUAGCUAGCUGCAGUAAUUUCUAGAUUUAUCAUACAGGCAUGCACGUACCCAUAUGAAUAUGUAAUGUGAUAUUACUUCCUAGAGUAAUGGAGCUUAUUGUUUGUAUUCUUUCCUUCUUCUGUGCUGCUGGGACUGUGCUGUGGAGUGGAGCGGAGCAGCAAAAGGGUGCCAUUUGAUAUGACAAAAGUGGAUGGAAUUGGAGGUUGUUCUUGUUCAUAUCGUAGCCUCAAAUAGUAUAAUUUUAACG